AAUUUACAUCGAUUGACAGAUAAGAAACUUCUAACCUAACUUUUUUGUAUUAAAAAUCGCUUAAAAUGUCUUUAGCUGAUGAAUUAUUAGCGGAUUUGGAAGAAAACGAUGAUCAAGAUGAUUUUGAAGAUGGUAUCGAGCAGGAGAUUCCUGAUUUUAAGCCGGAAGAAAUCAAAAAUGAGGUUAUGGAACAAGACACAACCGAUAUUUCUAGUGUACGUGAAUUGUGUAAAUUAAGAGAUUCGGAUCAUUUGAAGAGUAUAAUAAACCAAGUGAGAUUGUUUGCUAAUAAAGUUCGAAAAUCGUCGGAUAUAAUAGGACCGGUUGAAUCAGAUCCUGAGUACCAAUUAAUUGUUGAAGCAAAUAAUACAGCCGCUGAUAUAGACAAUGAAAUUGUGGUUAUACACAAAUUUGUUAGGGAUAAAUAUCAAAAACGGUUUCCUGAAUUAGAUUCUUUAGUUGUUGGUAGUUUGGAGUAUGUUAAAGCGGUGAAGGAGUUGGGUAAUGAUUUGGAUCAAGCAAAAAAUAAUGAAAUUUUGCAACAAUUUUUAACACAAGCAACUAUUAUGGUGGUUUCUGUUACUGCUUCUACAACACAGGGAAUCUAUUUAUCACAAGUUGAACUUGAUCAAAUAAACGAAGGUUGUGACAUGGCAAUUGAAUUAAAUAAUUACAAAACUCAAAUAUAUGAUUAUGUUGAAAGUAGGAUGGCUUUUAUAGCGCCAAAUAUCUCAAUUAUAGUUGGAGCAUCAAUUGCUGCUAAAAUGAUGGGAGUUGCUGGAGGUUUAACAAAACUAUCAAAAAUCCCUGCUUGUAAUGUACAACUAUUAGGACAACAAAAAAAAACUGUUAGUGGAUUUUCACAAGCUGUGACAACAUUACCACACACAGGAUUUGUUUAUUAUGCGGAAAUUGUUCAAAAUACUCCACCAGAUUUGCGAAGGAAAGCAUCAAGAUUAGUUGCAACUAAAUGUACCUUAGCCGCCCGUGUUGAUGCAUGCCAUGAAAGCCCAGAUGGAAGAAUUGGAAGAUUACUUCGAGAUGAAAUUGAAAAAAAAUUAGAUAAAUUACAAGAACCACCGCCAGUUAAAUUUGUUAAACCUUUACCAAAACCAAUUGAGACAAGUAAGAAAAAAAGAGGGGGAAAACGAGUUCGAAAAAUGAAAGAAAGAUACGCUAUGACUGAGUUAAGGAAACAAGCUAAUAGAAUGAAUUUUGCAGAGAUUGAAGAUGAUGCAUACCAAGAAGAUUUAGGUUAUACCAGAGGCACAAUUGGAAAAUCUGGUACUGGAAGGGUCCGGUUACCUCAAGUAGAUGAAAAAACCAAAGUAAGGAUCUCAAAAACGCUCCAAAAAAACCUACAAAAACAACAAGUUUGGGGAGGAAGUACCACCGUUAAAAAGCAAAUAUCUGGAACUGCGUCAAGCGUCGCUUUUACACCUUUACAAGGGUUAGAAAUUGUUAAUCCCCAAGCAGCGGAGGUUAAAGUUAAUGAAGGUAGUGCUAAAUAUUUUUCAAGCACCUCUGGCUUUUUAAAAGUUAAUAAAAAUUAAUUUAAUUGUAACACU